AUGGGAGCUCGUUAUAACCCGGCUCUAGGCUAUAACCCGGCUCUAGGCUAUAACCUGGCUCUAGGCUAUAACCCGGCUCUAGGCUAUAACCCGGCUCUAUGCUAUAACCCGGCUCUAGGCUAUAACCCGGCUCUAGGCUAUAACCUGGCUCUAGGCUAUAACCCGGCUCUAGGCUAUAACCCGGCUCUAGGCUAUAACCCGGCUCUAGGCUAUAACCCGGCUCUAGGCUAUAACCCGGCUCUAGGCUAUAACCCGGCUCUAGGCUAUAACCCGGCUCUAGGCUAUAACCCGGCUCUAGGCUAUAACCCGGCUCUAUGCUAUAACCCGGCUCUAGGCUAUAACCCGGCUCUAUGCUAUAACCCGGCUCUAGGCUAUAACCCGGCUCUAGGCUUUAACCCGGCUCUAGGCUUUAACCCGGCUCUAGGCUAUAACCCGGCUAUAGGCUAUAACCCGGCUCUAGGCUAUAACCCGGCUCUAGGCUAUAACCCGGCUAUAGGCUAUAACCCGGCUCUAGGCUAUAACCCGGCUCUAGGCUAUAAUCUGGCUCUAGGCUAUAACCCGGCUCUAGGCUAUAACCCGGCUCUAGGCUACAACCCGGCUCUAGCCUAUAACCCGGCUCUAGGCUAUAACCCGGCUCUAGUCUAUAACCCGGCUCUAGGCUAUAACCCGGCUCUAGGCUACAACCCGGCUCUAGGCUAUAACCCGGCUAUAGGCUAUAACACGGCUCUAUGCUAUAACCCGGCUCUAUGCUAUAACCCGGCUCUAGGCUACAACCCGGCUCUAGGCUAUAACCCGGCUCUAGGCUAUAACCCGGCUCUAGGCUAUAACCCGGCUCUAGGCUACAACCCGGCUCUAGGCUAUAACCCGGCUAUAGGCUAUAACCCGGCUCUAGGCUAUAACCCGGCUCUAGGCUAUAACCCGGCUCUAGGCUAUAACCCGGCACUAGGCUAUAACCCGGCUCUAGGCUUCGGCUCUAGGCUUUAA